GCCGCGUCUUCCCGCGAAGCCUCUGUGGGUCUCUCAGGCUCCUCGAAGCGGCCCCGCGGCACCGCGGGUGCUGGCGGCCGCCGCCAUCUUCCUCUCCUCCGGCUCCUCCUCGCUCGGCGGGGGGGUGGGGGCACUGUCCAGGUUACUAUGGAUACCACGGUGAAGAAGACAUGGUCCCUGUCUUGGAGAAACCCACUUUCCAGUAGAGAUAGCAGAGAGCAGAGAAGUGAUAAGAAUGCUGUAUGGUGGGUGCAGUAAUUAAGUGUCCUGGGUUUGCUGAGGAGCACAAUGGUAAGAGAACGGAGAACAACGAACAACGAACAACGUCACAGCCUCAAAGGCAGUUUCUUAUUCAUUGUGUUGUGAAUCUGCCUCCUUUUCAAUAGCAUACAUCAUUUUAAUCCACAUUAUGGCUCCUGCAUUUUUCCAGAGAGGCUGAGAAAGUGAAAGACCCAUCAUUUCUAAUUAUACAAAGUUUGAUUACUUCAGAGAACCCUUUUGGUGCCAUUUAGUUGAGGAGAAGAACCCUUUACUAUUCACAAGUAACAGUUCCUCUACUGUGAUGAAUUUGCUCAAAUCAUCUUGGAGACGACCUCAACGCAUGGAUAGCCUUGAGUCAUGGGCCUACAGGAAGAUUUUAAAGCAUUUUUACCAAAAUUAGCCCAUGGUUUCCUUCUGUCAGGAAGUCUUCCUUAAAAGAGAUGUCCCCUGAGAUUAAGAGAUCCUCGAAGUAGGAGAGCUUUCAAAGACCAGGUGAGCCAGAAAACUUUGAAAGUCUCACAGCUGAAGGGGAAGGGAGGCCUCAGCAGAGGGGGGCUGGUGUGGGAGGAAGCAGAGCAAAGGUGCUGGUGAUUAUCGGCAGUGAGUACUGUCUUACCUACCCCAUGUAUCACUGGAAUUCCAGCUCCGGGGACUCUGGCUGGCAGUUGCUUCUGGAUAGGUUGGUGUGCUCAGCCUUUAGCUAGAAAUGUCACUGGGCUUACAAAGUGGGCUGGCAUAGCCUUCCAUCUUUUUCUAGUCCUAGAUAUCAUGUUUGAGAGCCAAAAGACCCUUACCUACUUCACUGUCCUGCGGUUGAUCAAGAAAGGUGUGUACCCCCACCCACAGUCUCCCUUCAAAAAGGCAGCUUGAAGCCUUGAAACGGGAGUGGACCCUGGACUCUGACAGCACUGGUUCAAAUCCUGGCCCUGCCAUGAUCAUGAAAGAAUGAUCUUGGGCAAAUCAUUUGAUUCCCAUGACCCUUUUCUAAUUUGGAAAAUUGUGAUCACAGUCUCUGCCAACCUCUAACCCCCUCCACACACCCAGGUUUAGAGUAAAAAGACAGAAAACAUGACUUUUAAACUCACCUCAAAAUUUCCUUUCUUCCCUUCUUCCCUUUCCUUUCUUCCCUUCCUUUCUUCCCUUUCUUCCCCCCACUUAAAAAUAAAAGGUGUGGAGAGUGAGAAGAGCUCCCAUCCAGAGGGAUGGCAGGGGAAAAUUUGUAGCUUGCAUAGGCUGAUGGACAUGUGCACAAGGGCAGUUCACGAGAACAUUAACCACAAGCAGCCAUAAAGACCCAUCGAGACACAAAAAAAGAGGCGACCCCCGGACCAGCGCGAGGGACCCACCCGCACGAUGACCGAGACCACCAAGACCCACGUAAUCUUGCUUGCCUGCGGCAGCUUCAAUCCCAUCACCAAAGGGCACAUUCAGAUGUUCGAAAGAGCCAGGGAUUAUCUGCACAAAACUGGAAGGUUUAUUGUGAUUGGUGGGAUUGUCUCUCCUGUCCACGACUCCUACGGAAAACAGGGCCUUGUGUCCAGCCGGCACCGCCUCAUCAUGUGUCAGCUGGCUGUGCAGAACUCCGACUGGAUCAGGGUGGACCCGUGGGAGUGCUAUCAGGACACCUGGCAGACCACGUGCAGCGUGCUGGAGCACCAUCGGGACCUCAUGAAGCGGGUGACUGGCUGUAUCCUCUCCAACGUUAACACACCUUCCAUGACGCCAGUGAUCGGACAGCCCCAAAAUGAGACCCCCCAGCCCAUUUACCAGAACAGCAACGUGUCCAGCAAACCCACUGCAGCCAAGAUCUUGGGGAAGGUGGGAGAAAGUCUAAGCCGGAUCUGCUGUGUCCGCCCACCAGUGGAGCGCUUCACCUUUGUGGAUGAGAAUGCCAAUCUGGGCACGGUGAUGCGGUACGAAGAGAUCGAGCUGCGGAUCUUGCUGCUGUGUGGCAGUGACCUGCUGGAAUCCUUCUGCAUCCCGGGGCUCUGGAACGAGGCGGAUAUGGAGGUGAUCGUCGGGGACUUCGGGAUCGUGGUGGUGCCCCGGGACGCAGCGGACACAGACAGAAUCAUGAAUCACUCCUCAAUACUCCGCAAAUACAAAAACAACAUUAUGGUGGUGAAGGAUGACAUCAACCAUCCCAUGUCUGUCGUCAGCUCAACCAAGAGCAGGCUGGCCCUGCAGCACGGGGACGGCCACGUGGUGGAUUACCUGUCCCAGCCGGUCAUCGACUACAUUCUCAAGAGCCAGCUGUACAUCAACACCUCGGGCUAGCAGCCCCCCGGCACUCCGCUCCACUCUCCCCUCGUCCUCCGGCAACACACUGGCCCCUCCAGUCUCUGUCAGUCCCCCGUUCUUCUCCUGCCUCUCUGUUUAUCCAUCUCCUCAUCUUGACUGUUCCCCCCACUUGCUGACUCAACCCUCCAGAGUGUGGGGGACCUGCAGUGAACCACCGCACACCCUACUCAGCAGUCAUCUUUGGACAGACUCUCCUCUCGUCUCCGGGUUGGGGGUGGGUGAGGGAAUAGGGGUGGUAGUGGGGGGUAGUGCAGUCCCUGGAGACGUGCUGGUGUCUGUCUCCCAGCAUGCUCUAGAGAGCGGCUCCGGUGCCCGUCCUCCCAGCAUGCUCUGGGGAGGCGGCUCUGGCUCUCGCCUUCCCAGCAUGCCCUUUACCACGAAGGGCUAUUUUGUUCUUUCUUUUCUGUCUUUUCCUUUCUUCUCUUGUUUUUUGUUUUGUUUUGUUUUGUUGUUCUUGUUGUUGUUGUUCACUCCUCAUAGAAUUUGGAUGAAAUCCGUGUCCGUGGUUCUUUA